AUGCCCAAUGCAUCUUCAUGUUCAAACAUCACUGCCAAGAAUUCCGAUAAUGCACGAUCAACAAAACGCAAGCUUAUGUUUGCUACUGCUCUUGCCCUGGUGUUCUUUGGCACUGAAUUGGUAGCAGGUUACUUUGCUAAUUCCCUUGCUCUUAUGUCGGAUGCCUUUCACUUGUUGUCUGACGUGGCCAGUUUUAUUGUUGCUUUGGCUGCUAUUUAUCUUGCCGAAAAACCUGCUACAAAGCGUCACACAUAUGGUUUCCAUCGUGCUGAAGUGAUUGCUGCUCUUGUUUCGGUUUUGACUAUCUGGGUAUUGACAGCCUAUUUGGUUGUCGAGGCCAUUGAACGUGUCAAGAGACCCCAGGAGAUCGAUGCUAAACUGAUGUGUAUUACUGCAUCGAUUGGUGUUGCUGUCAAUGUUGUAUUGGCGUAUGUUUUGGGUGGACACCAUCAUGGGCAUGGUCACAGCCAUGACGACCAUGAUCAUAGCCACGGUAGCGAGCACGACCACGACCACGACCACGAUCAUAAUAACGACCAUGAGCAUGACCACAGCCACAGCCACAGCCAUGCUGAUGCAGAUACCGAGGCUCUUGUUAACACCCAGCCUUCUCGCAAAGAAACCAACAUCAAUUUGCGUGCAGCAGCUCUUCAUGUAUUGGGUGACUUGUUGGCAUCUGUUGGCGUCUUGAUUUCUUCAAUCAUUUUGAUCUUCAAGCCUUCCUACACCAUUGUUGAUCCAUUGUGCACAUUCAUGUUCUCUAUUCUUGUGCUCUACACUACUUACCACCUUGUCAAGGACUCGCUUGCGGUGUUGAUGGAGGGAGUGCCUGGCAAUAUUGAACCAGAGGCGAUUGAAAAGUCGCUGUCUCAGAUUCCUGGUGUUGUUGCUGUUCACGAUCUGCACAUCUGGACCUUGUCACCUGGAAAGAGCUCUCUGACUGCACACAUCACCGUUUCUGCUGACUCUGAGCUGAGCUAUGAUGAAGUUCUGCAAAGAAGUCAGCACAUUGUGUGUGAUAUGUACGGUGUCCACCACUCGACAAUUCAGAUCGAGUCUGACCAGGCUGUGUUUACAAGCCACUGCAAACCAGAUAUCUGUAACACUAGACAUUAA